AUGGCGACUAUUCCCCGAGCUUUAUUCGGCGACCUUCCCAUCGAGCUCGUCAACCUCAUCAUGAGUUAUGCAGCUCGACCCACUUUUGCUCAACCAGACCAAUACAAGGCGAAGAAUCCAUACUCAACCGCUCGCAAACUCUGUCUAGUCUCCCGAUAUGUCAGGAGCGUUGCACUACCCGAAAUGCUGCACACAGUGUUACUGGAUUCUCGCAACAAGAAGGCUUUCGUGCAUGCUCUACGCAUGCAGAAGGAAUACACUCAGACGGAUUCUCGUCUUUGUUUUGCGUACACAAGUUAUAUACAUAACAUUUGGAUCGGAGAAUUUUGUCCGAGUCCCGAAUACUCUUUUGCGCACCGCUCCGAUGACAUGUUUGUGCCUCAUUCAGACCUUGACCUCUUGGCUCCGGUACUCCUCGGCGCACCAUCGCUUGCGAUCGACUUUGCAAGCAUGUAUUUCUUGACACGCUGCGUGGAACAUGUAUGGACCGACAUGGGCGAGAACACCGACCAGGAAUGUUCGCCACCUCCGUGGCGCACGAAAACUUUAACGCUAUUGGGGAAUGUCACUAGGCCAUGCCCCAUGACGAUGUUUGCCUCAGGAUCAGCCUUUCUGGCUUCCCUCGCCCACCUUGUUGUGCUCCCUAACUCACUAGGAGACGUAAGUUUGCAUGUCGCUGGUCGGGCUAUUGGCGCUGUUGGACCUCGAGACUACAACCUCCCUCAGUGGAUGGCGCACGCUCCAUGGGCUUUAUUGAAGAGGCUUGAAACCGUCUCUUUGGCUUUCCCGCGUGUGGAACUCCCGCUCGAUACAGCUGAAUUCAGUGCAGGAAUGAACUUGCAGACGGAAUUGGUGACGUUUCCCGCUUCCCUGGUGAAGGGCUACCGCGUGCCCCUGGAGAUAAAAGCAUCUACGGAGACCGGAGAGGGGCGUAUUUCUUUGGACGACGUUCGUGUUGUGGUAUCCGAUACUCGGGUGCACUUUUGUAUAUAUUGUCAAGAGUGGGAGAAAGUUUGGGCAUGCGGAUGGCCCGGGUAG